UGACGCAAAGACUGAACUGACAGGAAGCAACAAGUCUGCACGCAUGGCAGGAAGAAAUGUGUGUGCAUUUGACAAAGCAGCUCACCCCAUCCUCCUGAGGCUCCACAUACAGCUCAUCACCGAUACGAGACAGAGACUGGAUGGCUUUGGCCAGUACUGGACGGGUGUAAGGUCUGAGGAACGUCACACCGUCUUUCCUCCUUUCACCAUUGAUAGAAGUGUCUGUAACCAAAGGGGAGUGACUCAAACGACCUUUGUGCACUGAAACUUUCGGAUAUCACAAGAGAGAGAGAGAGAGUUUGAAAGAACACGACAAGAGAAAAGUCCCAUUUCUGUGAAGAAUAGAGAGAGACUGCUGCUGAAUGUUUUGAGGUUAGGGAGGAGAGGAAGACGUGUGAGAGUGAGACAUCCGUCCAACACAGAAAAGAAGAAACAGAGGAAUAUAAACCUUAAGAGAUGGAUCCGUCUUGAUAAGAAACUAUGGAAAGAAUCAUGGCAAACGAUUGGAGAAAUAAAAGAGGAGGGAACAUCCACCACAGGGAAAUAAACAUCAAAAGGACAAAAUGGUGAUGUUAUCUACACACAGAUGAUUUCUUCUUCUUCGAGGUCUCUUUUUUAAAGCAACUCUUUGCAAAUGUCUGCAAGGAAUCCACCACUGUUCAUAGGACUAUAUUGUUAUGUUUCCGCACAGUCAUCGUUGUCAUGCUCUUCUGGAUUAAAUACGCAGCAGAUCUCUUCCUAGAUGUCUCAGUCACCUAAUCCGAAAGACAGUCAGGCUCUGCUGCAGUCCAUGCUGCAGAGACUGAAGCUCCAGCCGGGGAGAGAGGGCCAGGUGUACCUGAAUGCACCUGCACCCAACACAGCUGUUCACACAUGGGUGCAGGAUGGAGAGAGGGGAGCCUCUGACUUCCAGGGAGUGAACCGCAGCCCUGGUAAUGGCUUUGAGUUUGGUUCUAAUGAUCUCCCCUCAAAAGAGUUUGGGAUGUCUUCUGUGGAGAUACAUCAGCCAGGUCAUGCCUAUGAAGUGGACCGGGGUCUUAUUUCCUUCUCCACCCACAAAGAAAACACUGACAGAGACACGGGUGAGAACAGGAUGAUGAGGCAGAACACACAUAUCCCAACUGGAACAGAGCAGCUGUUUCCUGCUAAAUCACUCAAAGAUGUGGAUAUCUCUUCCUCUGAGAGAACAGAUGGGGGGAAUUUUGUCAGUUCUGCAAUGAUAAGUCACACCCCUGAUGAUAAAGAUGCUGCAACAAGUACAGGACAGGGUCAAGGUUUCACACCCAGAGUCUACAUGUGGUCUUUGAAGCCGACAGAAAGUAAAGAGGACCAACUGUUGCACAUGGGGAAUGGAGGUUUUGGAGCUAAAGAUAUGCAGGUUGGCUCACCGGGGAAAACAGACAGCAUCUCCAGAAGACAACAGCGACCAGCUGGGAAUAAAACGAGAAGAUGGACUCAGAAGAUAAAGGAGAGAUGGAGAGACAGGCAGGGCAGUUUUGGCAAAAAGGGAAAAGAGGAAGGCGGGGGAGAAGACCAGAAGAGAGAGCAAGGAACUGGAAUUUUACCUCAAAACCAGCCGAUGACAGCAGAAACUCUCAUCAACACGCCAAAUAAGGAAGAUGAAAGACCGGCCCCUUCACUGGACAGCAGUGACCCCAGUAAAACCACCCCUGCUCAGACAGAGGAUGGCAUCAAUGAAGGAUACAUGAGGUCAACAGGGGACUUUCAGUUGGGUCUGGGCUCCUUCAGUCUACUGGAGGAGAUCGUCACAGGUCAAGAGUGGGCAAAGUUCCUAAAACCACAACUCUCCGCCACCUCAGCCAAUCAGAGACCUUUAGAAGGAUUACAAAUCGCACAGAAUCCUCACCGUACCCUGAUUUUCAGCCAGCCUGGAGGUCAGAACAAGCAGUGGUCAACACCUGCCUCAGACUUUAGCAUGGGGCAAACAUCAUCAGAAGGUGUCCUGCCCGUCGGCAUGGAUGUUUCUGGAGGAAAACAAAAGCAGGAUGUUCACUCUGAGGCUGACCAUUCAGAACCAAUGGAGCAUGGGAGCAACCAAUCAGAUCUGCAGUCAGAAGAGAGUGGACAGCUACAAAAAGCUACCUUUCUUAGGCCUGCUGAUCUUCUUGACAACUCGGCGUUGAAGAGCAGAGUCCAGCUCCACAGAAAGAGGCAGCAUCAGUCAGCUGAGAGGAGAGACCAGAGGCUCCAAAGACCGAAAAUAAAUGAUGGGAAUACGAUAGGCAGAGAGGGGUCCAUAUCUUCAAGAAGCGAGUCGAUGAAGGAGACAGGAGAGGACUCACGACAUGUCGUCCUGCCUUUAUACAUCCUAAACUCUCCUCAACCUCUCUCUCCUUCUUCUUCUGCCACACCAAAGGGUGUCCUCAAACACUCCAUAUCCCAGGAUUCAGAGUCCUCAAUGGAAGUUCAGACAAAAAGGAGACGAGUUGAGGAGAACCGGCGUGUUCGCUUUUCAGAGGAGGUGCAGACAAUACCACUUCCAGAUCUGGAUCUGGAGGAUUUGGACUCAGAGGAGGACUCUGAAGCAGAGGAGGACUCUGUCACCGAGCAAGACUUUGAGGUGGAGCAGGUAACUAUGGAGGAGGUGGCACCGGCUCGGCGGCCUGCUCUACCUGCCUGGAUUCUGGCUCUGAAGAGGAGGAACACUGGGAGGAAGCCCAGAUAGUCAAGGUGCAACAAAACAGGCACUUCAUCUGGUUUGAACAUGUUUCAGAAUAAGGACCGAAAGUUUAGCAGUUAUUCAACAUUACAAUAUAUUAAUUCAUGCAUCUCAGGAGUGUUUUGGAUUCUGUUUGGGCGCUACAAGCACCUCUUUGCGACUUCUUGCCCUCUCCUUACCACCAACUGUGACCAGCUCCUGGUGCUGAUCUGUACUACUUUCUAGUUUCUAGUUUUUCUGUCCAUGCUGUCUGCUCACUCCCUCUAGAAUGGAUUAUAUACCAGCAGUGUUGCACAUUCUGAAAAAAGUAUGAUGAUCAAAUUGGUGUCUGGAGUAAAGUUUCUAGCAGAAAUGAAACAAUGCCUCCUCCUUCAUAUUCAGACUCCUCUCUGUCCUGCUGUCUGUGACACUUAGCCGCUCUGUCUCCUCUUAAUGGCUCCUUGUCCAUUUGUCCAGGAAAUUAACCCCUGAGGAGGAAAGACAUAUGAGACUAUAGAGCUGAAGCAGAGGCUGCAGAUUCCACUGGUUACUUAUCCCUAGAUAUUAUAUCAUAAAAAUGUAUUCAUAGACUCUAUAGUAUUAUUUUUUACAGAACAAGCUUGUUCAAUGUAUGUCUAUAUCAGCUGAGAGUUAAGAGAAACGUCAAAGAAAUAAUUUAUUAUUUGGGGAAAUCGUCUUAUGUACUUUUGUUUUUGUAGUUUUUUUUGUAGUUUUGUUUGUGAAGAAGAUUAAAACCACUCUCAGUAAGAGUUUGUGCUUGCUUCCAGGGAAAGCACUGCAACCCGCCAAAAAGCAGACUGAUCCACAAACCCUGAUUAAUCUUUAUUAAAAAACAAAAUGUGCAAAAUGUGA